AUGCUUCCUUCUGGGGAUUAUGAACGCCGUUUGUUUGGUCAACAUAAUCCAAAUUCUUCGCCCGUGAAGAAUUUCUCCCCUCAUGGAACUCCAACCAAAAACCAUGGUGACAGGUUUAUUCCUCUUCGGCAACCUAGCGAAGAUUGGUCAACACGGUAUCAAGCCUUGGCGUGUCCCUUUGUUGAGCCUGUAAUUAAAAAUAAACCAAGUCAGCGAUCAGCAACCAACUCAAGUAGUUCUCAAUAUUCGUCUAACGGAAGCCCAACUGCUAAUAUAGUUAACCCACAUACUGAAGAGAGUAGACAGGACCAGCUAGUGGUUCGAGCGUUAUUACGUAACGAACUUCUGAGAGAUAACAUUGAUGAUAUUCGCACAUUGCAAUCAGCUAAAGAUACAGAGGGAGAGCGUGUCCUACCGAAUCCUGCUGGUGGUUUAUUCUCAUAUGGACAAACAACACCAUCGAAGUUUGGAAGUCCCAGUACCAGUAGAUCUUUGAAUUCUUCUCCCUUUGGAGGCCCAUUGAGUGAAGAUAGCCAAAGGCUUUUGAAAAGUCCAAGAAAGCCACAGAGGAAGGUUCCUAAAAAUCCGUAUAAGGUGUUGGAUGCUCCAGAUCUUCAAGAUGACUUCUACCUCAAUUUAGUAGAUUGGUCCGCGCAGAACAUGCUAUCUGUAGGCUUAAGCUCAUGUGUAUAUUUAUGGAGUGCUUGCAAUAGUCAGGUUAUAAAGUUGUGUGAUCUGGUAACCGAACAGGACUGCGUAAGUUCUGUGCAAUGGAACGAUAAAGGAGAUUUGUUAGCUGUUGGUACUAGUCGCGGAUUAACACAGAUCUGGGAUGUAACAACUCAAAAAAAAAUACUAGAUUUAUCGGGACAUACAUCACGAAUAGGUUGCUUAGCUUGGAAUGGCGAUCAAAUCUCCUCCGGUAGCAGAGAUAGGACUAUUCUUCAGCGAGACACGCGACAAUCCAAUGGUGAUAAUUAUGAGCGAAAAUUAGUAUAUCAUAGACAAGAGGUUUGUGGGCUGAAAUGGUCUCCAGAUAAACAAUUUCUGGCAUCUGGAGGUAAUGAUAAUCAGCUUCUGGUAUGGGGACAUCGCAGGGAUCAUCCUAUGCAGAUAUAUACGGAGCACAAUGCUGCAGUAAAAGCGUUGGCAUGGUCUCCUCAUCAUCAUGGUUUGUUAGUCUCCGGAGGAGGUACCGCCGACAAAUGCUUGCGCUUUUGGAACACUCUAACUUCUCAACCAAUGCAAUAUAUAGAUACAGGAAGCCAGGUAUGUAACGUAGCAUGGUCUAAGCAUAGCAGUGAACUUGUGUCGACCCAUGGAUACUCGCUGAAUCAGGUUAUAAUCUGGAAGUAUCCUAGUCUUCAACCCGUGACCAAGCUCACUGGACAUCAGUACAGAGUGCUGUAUUUGGCGAUGUCUCCAGACGGUGAAGCGAUUGUUACUGGAGCUGGCGAUGAAACUCUUAGGUUUUGGCAUGUGUUUUGUAAAACGGGUCAACAGCGUGGUGCUCGUAGUAAGCUUAAUCUGUUCAACAGUCUACGAUGA